ACCGAAUUCUAGAAAUUCCGCGUAGAUAUGCCAGGAUCAGGCAGUGCUUUUAUCCCGACCAUCAACGCCAUCACAACCAGCCAAGACCUGCAGUGGAUGGUCCAGCCCACGGUCAUCACCUCCAUGUCAAGCCCGUACUCUCGCUCGCAUCCCUACAGCCACCCGCUGCCCCCGCUGUCCUCGGUGGCCGGACACACAGCACUUCAGCGACCUGGCGUCAUUAAGACCAUUGGGACCACGGUGGGCAGAAGACGAAGAGACGAGCAGCUGUCGCCUGAGGAAGAAGAGAAGCGAAGGAUCCGGAGAGAGAGGAACAAGCUAGCAGCUGCUAAGUGUCGUAACAGGCGUCGAGAGCUAACAGAGAAACUCCAGGCGGAAACUGAAGUGCUGGAGGAGGAGAAGUCAGUGCUGCAAAAGGAGAUUGCUGAGCUCCAGAAAGAGAAGGAGAAACUGGAGUUCAUGCUGGUGGCUCACAGCCCUGUGUGCAAAAUCAGCCCUGAGGACCGCCGGAGCCCACCGUCCAGCAGCCUCCAGAGCGUUCGGACUGGAGCGAGCGGAGCGGUGGUGGUGAAACAAGAGCCUGUGGAGGAAGAGAUCCCAUCUUCCUCUUUGGUCCUUGACAAAGCCCAGAGGUCUGUCAUUAAGCCCAUCAGCAUUGCCGGAGGUUUUUAUGGGGAGGAGGCACUCAACACUCCCAUCGUGGUGACCUCAACACCAGCCAUCACUCCUGGCUCCUCCAACUUGGUGUUCACCUAUCCCAAUGUGUUGGAUCAGGAGUCUCCUCUCUCCCCAUCUGAGUCCUGCUCCAAAGCUCACCGGAGGAGCAGCAGCAGUGGUGACCAGUCCUCGGAUUCCUUGAACUCUCCCACCUUGCUGGCGUUGUAAUCCCCGCGCAGCCCCCUGUUGCCAGUGUGUUACAUCUCCCCCAGCACCGUGGGGGCAGCCCCACUCUGUGGUGUUAGAGACAGGCAGAGGAUCGUGCGAGCACAAGGGCAGCAAGAGCGAGGAUGGGGAAGUGCUGCGGCUCCAGGGAGGAGAGCGAGGACCAACGCCAGCUCCCCGGAGGCAGGAAACGGCAAGGGUGGGACUGACGCGCCAGGACUGUUUGGAGAGGGUGAUCUCCCCUCUGUAGGAACUGCCUAUGGAAACCUCUUCACAGCCAUAGUGGACUUAGGAAACACUCUUGACCGGGACUGGAGGCGAGCUGGAGACAGUCGCUAGUCGUCCCUCUCCUUUGUGAAUUGAUCUGAUCGGUUUAUGCUCUGUGCUUAGGUCUAUCUGGUUAGUUAAUUUUACUAGACUUCUUGCCUUGCCUUUCUCUCUCCCUCUUUCUCUCUCUGUUUAUCAUUUCCAAUGUUGUCGAUCCCAUGACAUUUCAUCCAGUUGCUCUGAACUCUAAAGGCUUGUUAGAUCUAUCCUCUUGGGAAGGGCUGUGGGGAAACUGGUGGGGCUGUCAAGGCAGGAGUGGGACGGCUGGGAGGGCAGCAGGGGCCUGAGAGCAGUGCAAGGGCUUAGCAAUGCGAGCAGGGCUGGUAAUUCAGUGGCCUGUGGCACAGACAUAGUGAACAGAGACAGCAGGAGGCUCAUGUGACAUAGGGAAACUCUUAAUUUUUUUCUUUCACUCUUUUUUUUUUUUUCUCCUUCCUCCCCUCUCUUUAUUAAGUAGAUAUGUUUAUCCUGCUGGUCUCCUCAAAACCCAAGUUAACAGCUCAGGGUCAGAGUAGCAUCAGAAGAGCUGCUGGGAUGGCAUUUCCAGUGUUGUUGGCAGGGUUUAACCCCCAUUUGGUAGUUCCCAAUCUGCUGCUGGACUCCUUUGUUUACUUUUCCUGGGAUGCCUGCUGUCUAGGGAGCAUUACACCUUCCUCCCAUCACAGCUCCUGACUCAGGUGCUGAGCUCUCCCUAUUAGCAAAUCCUGCCCUCCCCUUGGCUGUCUUUGCAGAGUG